AUGUGGUCAUCAUCACAAUCAAGUAAAAUUAAACUUGUACAUACAUCUUAUCAACGAUUUACAACAAAUCUCUCUGCAUCCUCAUCCUCUUAUUUGAGGAAUUAUAUAUCAACGUCAAACAACUAUAACUAUAAUAAUAAUAAUACCAACAACUUGUAUAAAUGUCAAAAUAUCAAUAACUAUAACUAUAACUAUGCAAAGUUAAACAAUAACAAUAACAAUAACAAUUCAUACCUCUGUACAUAUAAAAAUAAUAAUAAUAACAAUCAUUUAAUCAACAUUAAUAAUAAGAGACUUUAUACAAGUAAUAGUAAUAGUAGUAGGAAUGAUAGUGAUUAUGGAUACUAUGAUGUUCAACUAUCUUAUGAAGUAGAAGAAGAUGAUAAACCAUAUGAACAAACCGUUUCAAGCAAUGAUUCGAAUUCGUCUAGUACUUUUAGUACUACCCUUCCACCAUUACAAUUACAACCAUUACAACAACAACAAAAAGAAAAAUACAACCCAAAACCAACUAAACAAGUUAAUGCUGCCUCUCUACCAAAGAUAAUCAAGAUUAAAUCUUCUUCAAAAUCUUCUUCUCCUCUUCCUCCUCCUUCUCUUUCAAUAUCAACCGAUACUAAUAAUAGUAAUAAUAUAAAGAAGAAUAAUAAUAAUAGUAAUGAUUCAAUUAUUCAAUCUAUUUUUGGUUUACAAGAUUCAAAUACAAUUAAAUCAAAUAUAAAUAAUAAUAAUAUAAAUAAUAAUUCCACAAUUACUCCAACUGGAUUAAAUAAUUCACAACCAAAACAACAAGAAAUAUUGAAUCUUGAUAAUGAAGAAGAAGAAUUAUCUUUUGAAAAGAAAAAGAAAAAAGGUAAAAAAUCAUCACAAGAAGAUAGUGAUAUGGAGAUUGAUUUAACCGAUGAACAAAAAGCAAUUGUUAAAUGUAUUGUGGAAGGAGGAAAGAAUGUAUUUUUCACGGGUAGUGCUGGUACUGGCAAAUCGGUCGUCAUCAAACACACAGUCGCUCAAUUGCGAGAAAAGCAUGGAAUUGGAACAGUUCAUGUCACUGCCGCAUCUGGUAUUGCUGCCGUCAAUAUUGGAGGUGUCACACUUCACUCUUUUGCAGGUAUUGGCUAUGGACAGGGAACAGUCACUCAACUGGCCGUUGGAAUUGCCAAACGAAAGAAAUAUGAAAAACGGUGGAGAGAAUGUAAAGUAUUGAUCAUUGAUGAAAUAUCAAUGAUUGAUUCUGAACUGUUUGAUAAAUUGGAACAAGUUGCUAGAAUUUUUGGAGGAAUACAAUUAUGUUUAUGUGGAGAUUUUUUCCAAUUGCCUCCAGUAUUGGGUAAUUAUGCAUUUGAAAGUGAAGCAUGGCAUAAAUUGUAUAGUGAGGCAAUCGAUCUGUUGCAUAAAUGUAACCGACCAUUGGAUAUUUCAAAUGGUGUACUUCCCACUAAACUGUAUACAACCAAUGCCGACGUAGACUCUGAAAACAAUGUAGCGUUGGCAGCUUUACCAGGCGAGACUGUCUCUUUUACAUCGAUUGAUAGUGGAUGUAAAGAGUUGAUUGAAGCACUUGACAAGGAUUGUCCAGCACCACGUGAACUUAAUCUAAAGGUUGGUGCACAAGUUGUAUUGCUACGUAAACCAGAUGGACAGUCUAAAUUGGUCAAUGGCAGUCGUGGCGUAGUGGUUGAAUUUGUCGAACCCAAGGCAACACGUUUACUCAAAGCCAAGUCUACAUCGUGGGCUGAAAAGAAUGCAUUGGUACCCGUCGUACUGUUUAACGAUGGGAGUCGUGUACGUAUCAAACCAAGCGAAUGGGGUAUCUGGUCGGAAAAGAAAGCUACCCGUCAACAACUACCUCUCAAACUGGCGUGGGCACUCACCAUCCACCGUGCUCAGGGUCUCACACUUGACAAGAUUGAGUGUCGUCUCCAACAAGCAUUUGCCAAUGGACAAGCCUAUGUAGCACUAUCACGUGCCAAAACACUCCAAGAACAAGCGCCAAAGUUAUCGAUUUUGAAAAGAAAUUCUUAA